AUGACGCCUCGGUGGCUGCUGCUUACGCUGAGCCUGCUGCUGGCCUACACGUUCCAGUCAGCAGCGGCAAAGGAUUACAAGCCCAAUGUCUCGCCCAAGGAAUUCGACGGCCCGCCCGGGGCCCUGUUCUACUUUGAGGGGACCGAGACAAUCGUACUCUGGGAGAUGAAGAAUAAUAAUCUCCACACGUCAUUCGAUGGCGGCAAGACUUGGGAAAAGCCUGAGGAGAAAGGCAUGACUGGCGCAGUCCACACCAUCUUUCCACACCCUUUCGAUGACCAUUGUGCCUACGCACUCGGCAGAAAUGGCCGACACUGGGUCACCACCGACCAGGCAAAGACAUGGAGGUCCUUUGAUGCUCCAGCACUCCCUGGACCCGAACCUCUGAAUUUCAACUCCCACGAUUCCAACAUGGUGAUCUUCCGAGGUGAGGAAUGCCUGUUUCCCGGCCUCUGCCAGGGGAUCACCUUAUAUACCACGGAUAAUUUCAAGACGAAGCCAAAACUGCUUAGGGAGAGGGCCGAUCGGUGCACGUGGGCGGCCAGCACUCGCGAAUUUGGACGAAAUGUCGACGUCCCAAGCUCCAUUAAAACCCGAAUCCUUUGCUUGGUCCCGCCAUUGAAGCGCGGUAACGGUGAACGCUUGGUCUACACCGACGACUUCUUCCAUAACGGUGAGGGCACAGAGGUGAAACUGAAGGAGGGUCAGACGGUCAGCGGUGUCGGUGAUAUCGGCUCGGUGAAGAAGUAUCUCGUGGCCCUGGUUCAGUCUCGGGGUACCGAUGAAAAGGCCCUGUUCGUAAGCGACGACUCGGUCAUGUGGCAUCGGGCGGAAUUCGACGGACAUCGUCUGGAGGAGAACGGCUUCACGCUAUUGGAGAGUACGGAAUACAGUAUGCAGGUUGACGUCCUUGGCUCCACCAGUUAUGGUAGCAUGGGUGUUCUGUUUACGUCCAACUCCAACGGGACCUAUUUUACACGCAACAUCGAGCACACCAAUCGAUACGAAGGAUGGGUGGAUUUUGAGAAAGUCGCCGAUAUCCAGGGCAUAGUCAUUGUCAAUACUGUCAAAAACUGGAAGGACAUCGAAGGCUCCGAAACGAAGAAGAAGAAUGUCGUCAGCAGCAUCAGUUUCGAUGAUGGAAGAACAUUCCAGGAACUCAAGGUCGGCAAGGAGCCGCUACAUCUCCAUUCCAUGACGAGUUACCGACAACUAGGGAAAACCGUGAAUCGGAUCUUCUCCAGUCCCGCACCGGGCCUCGUGAUGGGCGUGGGAAACACUGGCAAGCAACUCGAGAAGUACGAUGAUGGCGAUACGUUUGUCUCGGACGAUGGGGGGCUCACUUGGCUACAAGCGCUCAAGGGCCCGCACCUCUAUGCGUUUGGUGACCAGGGAGGAGUGAUCAUUGCUAUCCCCGAUGAGAAGACUAACAAGGUGAUGUUUUCUAUCAACCACGGAAAGGACUGGGAGCAUAUCAAAUUAGACCACAAUAUUGUGCCCCUCUCUCUAAGGACAACACCGGAUUCUACGAGUCUGAUAUUUGUACUUGUCGCCCUUUCGACUGACGACGAUCCCCGACCUAUGGUCUAUUCCGUUGAUUUUGACGGUCUACACGAACGCAAGUGUGACCCAGAUGACGAUUUCGAAGAUUGGGUGGCCCGUCUCGACGAUAAUGGCGAGCCGGAUUGCGUGAUGGGCCAAGUUCAGACCUUCCGGCGCCGGAAAUCCGAUGCCGAUUGUUUUGUGAAAGAACCGUUCUCGAAACAAAAUGCUACGUUCACGCAGUGCGAGUGUACGAAGGAAGACUUUGAAUGCGAUUACAACUUUGUUCGCAGUGAAGAUGGAGAAAGCUGCAUCCCUACCAUGUCCUUGAAACCCCCGGCUGGUAAAUGCAAAGAUUCCAAUGACAACUACAAGGGGCCGUCCGGCUGGCGCCUGAUUCCCGGCAACGGAUGCAAAGGUGGCGAGGACCUGGAGGGCGAAGUUUCGCGGUCGUGCGGCAAUUUCACGGACACACCUGUCCCGGACGGGAAAGUCGCAUCGUAUGAACAAGAGCUUCCGGCCAAGUGGAAGCAAUUCUUCUAUCUCGAACGCCAAGCGAGUAAUUCGGGGUCGGAUGAGACAAUUGUCAUGCUCACCGAGCAAGGGGAACUUCACAUCUCACACGACCACGGCCAGACCUGGGAGCGCCCUUUGAAAAAGUCGGAGCAGAUCACGCAGAUCAUCCGGCACCCUCAUCACAACGAGGCAGCCUUCUUCCUCACAGAAAGCGAGACGGUCUACUACACCUAUGACCGGGGUCUAUCCGAGAUUAAGAAGUUUGAGGCUCCUUUGCCGCCAACAAGGGAGGCUGGGUUGUUCCCCCUAAGUUUCCACGAGCACAACAAGAAUUGGCUUAUGUGGACUGGGCAUGCCGGUGGUCGUGAUAGGGACAGCUACUACUCCAAGGCCUAUAUCAGCAAGCAUCGCGGUGAGGGUGAAUGGACGUUUCUUCUUGACUCCGUCGGCCGGUGCGAAUUUGUGAGCCGCAAAAAUGGCAAGGAGGACGAUGAACGCAUUCUUUGUGGACAGUACGAGAAUGAGAACAAGCUCAAACAAAACCAGCAACUGCUGUCCAGCGAUGACAACUUCGAAAAGGAGCCAACGGUUCUUUUCAACAAUAUCACUGGCUUUGCCUUGAUGGAGGAAUUCAUUGUCGUCGCCUCGUUCUCCCCGAAUAAUCCCAAGUACUUGAACGCCAGCUCGAGCUUGGACGGCAACAUCUUCGCCGCCGCCCACUUCCCCUUCAAUCUCAAUGUACCUGCGUACACGGUGCUCUCAAGCUCCACCCAUGCUAUUUUCCUGCAUGUGACGGUCAAUGAGGGCGCUGGAUAUGGCCCUUUGGUCAAGAGCAACAGCAACGGGACGUCUUUUGUUCUCAGCAUCAGUGCGGUCAACCGGGACCUGGCCGGUUAUGUUGAUUUCGAGCGAAUGGCAGGUCUCGAGGGUGUUGCUGUGGUGAACGUCGUGGCUAACGUUGACGACGUGGAAAAGAAGGGGACGUCGAAGAAGCUCCGGUCCAUGAUAACUCACAACGAUGGUGCUGAGUGGGCACUACUGGCACCUCCCACUAAAGACGCGGAUGGCAAGAAAUUCGCGUGCAGUGUGACGGAGGGUGAGGGCACGGAAAACUGCGCGUUGCAUCUCCAUAGCUUUACGGAGCGCAGUGAUCCUCGGGAUACUUUCUCCUCCCCAUCCGCUAUCGGGAUGAUGAUUGGCCUCGGCAACGUUGGUGACCAUUUGACGGACAAAGACGAAGCGGACACGUUCAUUACCACAGAUGGCGGAAUCACCUGGAAAUGCGCUAAGAAGGGACGAUAUCAAUGGGAGUACGGUGCUGCCGGCUCAGUGAUUGUGCUCGUUCCAGACGGCAAGGCGGCGACCAUUGGCUAUUACAGUCUGGAUGAAGGCAACUCGUGGAAGGAAUUUACGUUUUCGAAUGAAGACAUGGUAAUCGAUGAGAUCACCACGGUUCCCUCUGAUGUCUCGAGGCGUUUCCUCCUUUGGGGCAAGAGCUCCAAGUCGGGCACAUACAAGACCAUCAGCCUCGACUUUAAUAGCCUGCGGGAUCGGACGUGCGAUCUGGACGAGGAAGGCGGGAAGAGUGAUUAUAUCCUGUGGACGCCCAAGCAUCCGCUCCAGGAGGGCAAUUGCUUGUUUGGUCAUGUCGAGCAGUAUCAUCGCAAGGACCCCAAGGCCAACUGUUGGAACACCUGGCGCGACCCACACGUUCAUAGCAUUGGGAAGAACUGCACUUGUACCCGGUCCGACUUUGAAUGGUGA